GGAGAAAAUCAAUCUCUUGGCAGAGAUCUAGGAGGGCAUGUCAAGACAAGUCCCGUCCCUGAUCGGCAACUUGACUACGGAAGCAAAGAUUCCAAACCGGCAACAAGACCGGUACCGUCAUCGUCAUAGAGGAUGCAUCUUGCAUGACGAAGAAUGCUUGUUCCUCAAUCUGUAGAUGUGGCUUCUGAUGGGCACCCAUAUCCCGCGGCUGUAUCAACAUCAAGCCAUCUCACGGGCGGUCGGCUCUUCUCAGGAUGAAAGGAACCGGCUAGGGAGAACGGCAAGGGAAAAUGAGAUGAGAGUUCAGUCCACCUCCUCAGACUCCAUCGAAUGCUGUACAACCCAUCAUGCAGCAGUCCACACCUCCUUUGCCAAAAAACCGCGCACCUGUCUUCUCUGUUUUCGGCGUAAAAUCAAUGAGAUGAUGGGUCCUCAAGUCGGGCCAGUCCAGUGGUAUAACCGGCCGAGACCUGGGUCUGUUUGACGAUGCAGAGAGAUGGAGCUUUGCGGCAUGCGGGUCGAUAUGCGAGGUGCGGGUAAGGACUUACACGGUGGUGACAUUGCUUUGAUGAGCAUUAAUUGAUCAAUGUAUCUCCCGUAGAUAAAUGCAUCUGCACCCUCUUCAGCGUUCACCAGUGUCACAAUGCGAUACUUUUGAGACCCAUGUGCUCGGUCUCCAAACCAGCUAGAUCAAAGUCUAUGUAGGUAGGUAUGUUGGAUGCAGUUAGAAUUCGAGAAGUGUAUCGAAACGACUUCUCAGGAUAUCCUGUUAAUGGCUAUCGCUAUCCCAUAUACUGCUUAGCGGUAAUAUGCUGAGCAACUUGAAUGCACAGAGCUGACUCCAUUGUUGCCAUGAUGGCGGUCAUCUCGUGAUCAUUAUCCUCUUUGUAGCUCGAUGUUUUCUUGUUCGUGAUCCCAGCCGUAAUUUCAACA